UUGAGACACCUUGUACACUAAAAAGAAUGGAAUGCAAUUAGAAGAUGACUUACUAACAUAUUGAUAUGAAGGGGAUGAUAUAUCUAGUUUUGAUGAGUUUUUUGUUUAUUAUUAGGUACGUUGGUGAUUUGGGAACAAUUCUAAAUAAAUUUUGAUAAAGGCACUGUAUAAUUUAUUGGUCUGGUAGUUAUUCGAUGUUAGGAGAUACCAGUUAGGAGUUUCAACUGACACAUGAUUUAUGUCCUCAAUGAUUAAUUACAAUAAAUGUCAAAACAUCUAAUAUUUUGAGUUGAUUUUUUAUUUUUUAUAAUACUGUACAUCCACUUUUAUCAGUAUUUCAAAAUGAAAAUUGUUGCAAUGAAUAACCCACCAAGAAUCGUUUUUCCAAAAAUCAAACCUGAAAAUGCUGUAUUGGAUUUGAGAAAAUCUAAGAAUAUAGAAAAAUUGGAUAAAGUAUAUCCAGAAUUUGAUGUUUGUCAAAGUGAUCCAAAAUCUCACUUGGCACUCCUACAGAUAAAGUUACAUAAAACCGAAAAAUUACUUCGGCAAAAGAGAAGAAAUCUUGUGGAAGUUAGAAAAAGUCUUGACGAACAAUGGAAAGACCUGGACAAAAAAGAAGAAUCUUUAAGAGAAAACUUUUGUCAUUUUGAUACAUUUGUUAGAGAAAAUGCCGAAAAAAGAGAAAGAGCCUCCAAGAAAAUAAAAGAAGAUAAACUAUUGGCGAUGCAACGACAGGAAGAAAUAAAUGAUUGUCAAGCUAAAUACAUAGAAAUUAAACAAGCCAAAUUCGAAAUGGAUAUGAAAAUUAAGGAAUAUCGUAUAUAUGAUGAAUUUUUAGAUAAGGUAAUUGAAACUUCAGAUGAGUUUACCAGUAAUCAGGAUAUGAUUAAUCGGUACUUAUCAUUACUUAAUGCCAAAAAUUACCUUGCAAAACUACAAGAAGAUAAUCUAAGAGCAUUGGAAACUGCUCGGAGUGAUAUGAUGAAACUUAUUGAGGAGAAGAAUUUCAUCAUAAUGGGAUUGAAUAAUCAAAUAGCAAACCUUCAAUCUAGAUAUGAAAAUGCAAAUAUAAAAGCAUUAGAUUGUGAGCAGUCAGUGAUACAUAUAAAAAAUCAUGCUGUACGUCUGAUGUUUGAAAUUGAUGAAGUGAAAUCAUCAAUUUGGAAUGUGUAUGUACACAUGGCACAUUCCAAAAAACAUCCAGUGAAGAUUAAGAAAGAAAAUAUUGAAGAACAGAUGAUGUAUAUUAAACGUACCCUCACAGAACUCUCCAAAGUCAGUCAGAUAUUGAAAAAACGUUCUAAAAUGAACACUAAAUCUGAAAAGUCAAAAAGUAAAUCCGCUGAAUGAUUUUAUCCUAGUUUUAAUGCUACAUGUACUUUAUAUUUUUUUCAAUUUCAAAUACAUAUAUACACAACAGGUUUUGAUGCAACAUGUUUUCAAAGGUAUAAAUGUACCUAUACCAGAAGAUCAGGACCUAAAAUGUUUAACUGAUCAAAAUCAAUUAAUUAAAUUUUGAAUAUGGAAUACAAAAAAACAGUGACACAAGAUAUUCAUCAUCUUACACCUAUUUUAUUACUAGCAAUAAAUCGGGCAAUAAAUGAAUGAUACACUUCUCUUUGUUUUAAAUCAUCACCCACUAAAUCAUUUCUACACAGGUUUCUUUCAUGUAUGUCAAGGUCCUGAAUGAUCAUAUCACUUUCCUCAUCCUCACAAUCUAUGCAAAUAUUAUGAAUGACACAUGCUGCUUCAAUACAUUGUAUGAUGAAAGGCAAGUCUCUAUUCUCAAAAUGUUGGAGACGUUGAAAUCUCCCUU